AACCUAUUUUCUUUCAUCUUUUCUCCUAUUCUCUCCAACACCUUUUACAGUAUUUCACUUUGAGUGCCGAAGGUGUAGUAUGUGGGAUAUUGUAGAACCAACAGCCGCAAAGGGGAGAACGGGCCUACGUUUAUGUAAAAAGAAAAGAAAAAGCUGUCGGUUUAGUUCGACGAAAUAAGAUACAAGAGGCAAGAUUGUUGAACGCGUUUUGUUUAAAAUAUCGUUAGAAGUGCAAUUCGGUACAGUUUAUAAGCGACAAUACUCGAUGGAAUGUUGUUACAAUUUUUAUCACAAUUGCGUUGAUAUAAAACGCGAUGCACACUCGCCAUUGUUAUUGAAGAAACGAAACAACGAACACGUAAAAAAGAUCGCAGAAAUCAUACGACGAGAUCGUAUGACUAGCACUGCGAGUGCUAUACUUUUGAUCUGGAUUUAGGUUAGUUUCGCUAAGUGAUUGGAGAACGUGGCGAGUUGAAGAAGGGGAGAGAACUCGUCGAGCAGGCACGUGUGUCUUCUCGUAUUCGGAUACUUUGCUCGUUUAGAAUAUUGCGGAUUUGCAUCGUCAUUUAUCGUUCCUUCCCCAAACGAAAAUUCGACAAUUUGUACAAUUUUCGGUGUUUACUUGAGGCUGCAUCAGGCGCUCUCUUUCUCACGCAACGGUUUAACAACAUUGAGAACAAAACUGCAGAAAUCUUCACGAUUUAACCUUCCCAAAAAAUCAACCACAAGUUACGGUGAAAGACCGUGUAUCUCGAUCAGGCUCAAUCGUCAUACUCGUGCUCCACAUGGUGUGCAUGUCGGAGCACAAAAAAUUUACACGCUGUUUUGUGUUAAGACACUUCUAUAAACUCCAAGUCGCAUUGCCAUUGUUGAAAAUCUCGAUAAACAUAUACUAAAGACAUAAAAAAAGUAUGCCCUUACGGGCGUAUCUGUCUGGCAGGGAUGAGAUGCAAAACUUGUUGAAUACAGCACAGUACAUACAGAUUGCAACAAUAACUGAAAUGGCAUAAUUCAAUACCGCAAAUCAAUACCAAAAGUCAAUUUGUUUGAUCAGUUUAUAUGUGUAUUUUCUGUGGAAAUUCAUAAGCAAAUUGUGAUACCAGUAUAAAUGCAAGAAGCACAAUUAGAUUUCAUUUAGAAGUUACAAAAAUAUAUUUUCUUGAUUACUUCAGACUGAGACAAUUGCAAAUUGGUGAGCAACAUGGACGACGCGACCGACAAAAACCGCGUUCGAAUAAAAGAAGAAAAGGAAAUUACAAGUACUACUGGCAAGAUAUACGUGAAGCAACCCCACCAGAUUCUGGUGAAUUCUUCCCUGAAAACUACCAACGAUGAUGAAGUGCAACGUGCGAUUAAAGGUCUUAGAGAAAUACCGGAUGAAGAAUUGAAAGAGUUCCUCGACGAUGAGGACUUUAUGGAAGGGCUGAACGUUGUGGAUGCAUGGGAAGGUGAUGAAGAUAAAAAUCGCGAGCUCGAGCAAGACAUGGCAGGGUCUACAAAGCAGGGAAAGAACCAACUCUCUAGGGAGCACCAUCAUCCCGAGCCUAAAGAAUCCCAUAAACGCAAGAAGACGAAGAGAGAAGAGAAGAAACGCGAGGAGAUUCGGCGGGACCCUUUGAAGAGCACCAAGGAUAUCGAAAGGGACAAGAUGCGAACGAAGAGAGACACCGAGAACAAGCUUCUUGCCGAAAAGGAGAAGGCGAUCAAGCACUUGUUGGACUCGGACAACGUAGUCCCACCGGGCACGGAAACUGAAGCCAUCCAAAGCAUCGCGGAGGAACAGAAUAGAGAACGAGCGCAACGUGAAGCACAGCGAAGCAGAGAGCACCGUAGAAGCAAGUCGUCAGAACGCUAUGGAAGAUUGAGCCCAUCCCGGCGCAGAACGAUCAGUCGAGAUCGAACUCGAUCGAGUCCCCAUCGACGAAAAAGUCCUUUCACAAGCCCAGAUCAUCGUAGAAGCCCUUUUAAAAAAAGUCCUUACGGAUACAGUCCAGGUAGACGGAAAAUUUCACCGCGAUCCUACGACCGGAGAAGUCCCAUAUUGAGUCCAGAUCGACGAAGAAGUCCUAGACGACUUAGUGGAGAACGACGAUCCAGCGUAGAAAGAAAAUGGAGUGUUGAGCGACGUAGGAAACGCGUUGAUUGGACGCAUGAACGCCGAAGAAGCCGAUCUCGCGAUCGGAGGAGUCGCAGUCCAAGAAGACGAUCAAGCCGUUCACCAGUGAGCAGACGAUACAGCCCUCGUCGAAGAAGUCGCACACGUACACGUAGCAGAUCAAUGGAGAAGCGUGUCAGGAAGCGUUCACCUUUUAUCAAUGAAUUAGCGAGACAACUGAGAAAUGAAGCGAUGUCGACUGGCGUGAACACGAGUGGAUACGUGCCGUCCGCGACGAUGGAAGGAAUCGCACCGUUACUUAACCCGCCCUCGUAUAAACAAGAGAUAGAAUCGAGACCGCCGCUGCCAACGCAGCCGCCACAGCCGCCGCCGCCGCCACCACCGUCUGUAGCAUCUCCGUACGCGCCACCGCCAUCGGCUAUGCUGUCAUCUAUGCCAAGCGGACCGCCGUUUAUGAAUUUCGAACCUAUGCCGCCCGCAACACCGCUAAUAAAUUUCGAACCCAUGCCUCCGCCAUCCAUGACUCCAGUCAGUUAUUCGGCCGGUCCGGUCAUGUACAAUCAGCCGAAUGCUGCCGCUAUCCAAACACCUUCGCCAUCAGUGAUGUGCUCACCGUUGCUACCUGUACCUUCACCGCAGCCUGUACCCCCUCCGGUCAUGGAUCAUGCGAAUGUAUCGUAUAAUCCAUCGUAUACCGUGUCCUUCGCCCAACAAUCGUCAGUCCGUCAAUUUGAACCUCUGAACAAACCUUCGAAUCACUCAACCGCAUCCACCACGUCGUCGCAGAAUUACACAGAACAUGGACCGGCGGCGUCGUCGUCGUCGUCAUACAACGAAGCUUAUUCUUCACACCAGGAACGAAUGAAGACACCUGAACCGCCGAUCAUCUCCAAGCCCAAACAUUUUGAAAAAACCAGCUUAUCCAGUCUAUUGGAAGCAUCUGUUUCAGCCAAAGAUUCAUCUAAUAUACCGGUACUAUAUCCAGGAUUCAAGCCUGAAAUAAUGCGACAUUGCGAACAAGCGCUGUUCCAACUUCCUAUGGAAGAUCCGCGUUUAAAGAUGAAGGGUAGAUUUUUCUACGAUCGUAGCGAGGAAGACAAUACAAGAGACGUUUCCGAAGAUCAUACGUCGAAUUCGAUACUUCUGCAGAAAAGCAAGACCAAGAUAUUUUGGAAAGAGAAUAACGCGGAACUGCCGAUACCAGUUCCGAAAGCGACAACUCAAAUGCAUCAAAAGAUUUGUCAGACAGAUGAGGUGGAAACGGAAAGCAAGGGCGUGCAAGUAUUUGUCACCACGGCCGACGUUGGAUCACAGGUCUAUCCGGACGAUCUCCAGCAGAUAGAAGAGAGACGGCCGAUAAUGGAUCGUCUAGAUUGGGGCGCGCGAGAUACAUACGAAUAUGGUUCCAAGUUUCGCGAAGUAGAGGAUCUGAGAUGGAGUCUGAGUAACUCUUCGCAGAGACGCACUUGGAACAGGCAGGCGUCUCCUUCUAAAAGAUCUGACGAACAGGAGCGUCAUUUAGAUUCCAUGGAGCAUGAAUCUAGAGGCUUAAGGCUGGAGUCUCCUGUUAGAAGCAGAGAUGAUUUUUCUGCUCAUUCUAAUGUGCGUGAUCACUAUAGUCAUGAUAGGUAUUCGCCGGAUUAUCAUAGACGUUCUAUGGAGCGCGAUGACUUUCAUGACAGAAGAAGCGAUCAUAGUCGUGGAGAAAGUCCGAUGGAAUUAGAAGAAUCCGAUGAAGAAUUGAUGACUGGCCAUACAUUCCAAAGAGGAUCUGAUUGGCAUGGAAGAGGAAAAGUAAAAGGUAAAAGUCAUCAUUUACGAGGAAAGCACGUAGCAGGAAGGCCGUAUCGAAGUCGCGGAAACUUCCGGGGAUAAAUAUUCAGGAUAAGUAUGAAUUUAUAGGUGAACAACAGUGAAAAAAUAAUAUAGAGCAUGAUGAACGAUUUGCUCAAACAUUUUUACGUGCUUAACCAAAGGAGUAAUGCAUACCAUCGUUGAAAAGAGCAUCAGUAUCUGCAAAAACGCCAUGUUGCCAUCUGUCUUUGUUUUGUACUACGAAAGUUGUUAC